AUCAUGCCAAAGCUAGCCACACAAUAUACCCCAGAGACCUUCAAGGUCUUACUCAAGAAGCUGGUUCAAACACCGGACGAGUUCACCCCGGAAGAUUGCGCGGAAUGUUUCGAACAUCUAUGCGUCGAAGGAGCGGCCGAGGCGCAGGUUGGAGCUUUUCUCACCGCUCUCACAUUAUCGGGUCUUGAUUCUUCACCUGAAAUCGUCGCUUCCUGCGCAUCCGUCCUCCGAUCUCAUGCCGUUCGUCUACCCGAUCUCUCUGUCUCCCCUCGUUCCCCUUCAGAAACCGAGCCAACUGUGGAUCAAUGGGAUUACUCCAAGACUGACCCCCUCGGUGAUGGUUAUACCGGUACGGUGGACAUGGUCGGUACAGGAGGAGAUGGUUGGGACACUUUCAACGUUUCGACCACAGCUUCCGUCGUCGUUGCUGGUUGUGGAAUCCGAGUGACCAAACAUGGUUCUAAAGCUGCUACUUCAUCAUCUGGAGCAGCGGAUCUUCUACUUUCUCUCGAUUGUCGAUUAUCUUUCCCAGUAGAUAAGAUUAAAGGAUUCUUACCUACUUCACCAUUCUUGUUCUUGUUCGCACCUCAUUAUCACCCCGCUUUAGCACAUAUAGCUCCCAUUCGCCGAAGCUUGAAUUUCAGGACAAUUUUCAACGUAUUGGGACCACUCAUAAAUCCUGCAAGGCCUAGAAGGAUGGUGUUGGGUGUGGCGAGGAAAGAAUUGGGUGAUACAUUUGCGGAAGUUUUGAAAUUGUUAGGUGUUGAAAGAGCUUUGGUCGUUUGUGGUAAAGAAGGAUUGGAUGAGAUAAGUCCUGCUGCAGAAACUUGGACAUGGUGGUUAGAGAAUAAUCGAAUUACCACCUCCACUAUCCACCCUACAACAUCUUUCGGUCUCCCCCUUCACCCUUUAUCAGCCGUCCGAGGUUCCACACCUACUCUAAACUCUUCCACCUUCAUUUCUCUCCUCACUUCCUCCCCUCCUCCACCUCAUCUGUCCUCACCACCAGGGCCCGACUCACCUUCACUCGAAGCUAUACGCGAUUACGUACUUCUCAACGCCGCUGCUUUGUUGCAUAUAUCUGGUCGAGCGAAAGAUUGGAAAGAAGGUGUUCAAAUGGCCAGGGAGAGUAUAGAGAAUGGUUCAGCCAUGCGGGCGUUUGAGGGCUUUAGGGAUCGCAGUAAGCUUGCUAUGGGAGAAAGGGUAGGAUACAAAGCUGUUGAAGAUGAUGGAGGUGUUGCGGCUAAAGACGGGGAGGUGCAAAGUUGGCUCAAGGUGGAUCAUGGGCAUGUAGUCAGAUCAGAGUGAAGAAGAUCUUAGGAUGUUGAUGCAUUUACUUUAACAC